AUGUACGUCGUGAAGCAGGACGGGCGGACGGAGACGGUGCACUUCAACAAGAUCAUGGUGCGGCUCAAGAAACUCAGCUAUGGGCACUUCGACAAGAGCACUAUGACCCGUGCUCGUCGCGCAGAAGGUCUGCGUAGAAGGUCUGCGUCAGGGUAUACAUGGGUGUCACCACCAGCCAGCUCGACGAGCUCGCCGCCGAGACCGCCGCCGCACUCACCGCCUCCCAGCCUGACUAUGCCUCUGUACGUUCCCUCUUUCGAUUUGUCUCUCCCCUUUUGGUUCGUUCCGUUCCGUUCCCCCCUCACGGCGCCCGUGUUCGUGUCUCCUGCCCUGACGUAUGUGAGUGUGUGGUUCUUCUGCAGCUUGCGGCGAGGAUUGUUGUGUCCAACCUGCCGCCAAGUGGAAAUAGUCUGUGUGGCGCUCGUAAAUAAAGAGCAUUCUUGUAGAAAGGUACAAGAAAGAAUAGGGAAACUUCUGUCAUUUUCUUUGGUCUCUUAA